CCUGUGAGGUCAUCGAUCGUCGGCCAAUGCUUAUUUGAAGGCUCGUCAAGUCGUGUCCUAUCCCAGACGCGUCGUUUUCGUCUGCUCUCUCUCACUCACGACCGUGAUGUUCGCCGUUUGACAUUGACCUGAUCUGACGCGCAUCCUUGCUGAGCAUCACGACUUUCAUUCGCGAGUGAACGAACAGACGACCGAAUCGGGAACAUCAACAUCAACAUCACGCUCACUCACAACAUGGCUUUUUCCGAGCUGGAACCCACGCCGCCGCAUCUCACAUACCUGGUCCUGACGUCGUUUCUCAUCCUCUACGCCCUCUUCUCCCUCCUCAUCCGGAAUCGCCUGCAUCUCUCGGAACCACCGCUAGCUACCACUUUUGGCAUCGCUGUCGGGCCUCAAGGCCUCAGCCUGCUCAAUCCAAAAGCAUGGGGUUUCACAGAUGAGGUUAUCCUGGAGAUCACGCGCCUCAUCGUCGGCAUCCAGUGCUUUGCAGUCGGCCUGGAACUACCCGAUGGCUACAUCAUGCGCAAAUGGAAGGGACUCCUCGUCCUGCUCGGCCCCGUCAUGACCUUCGGAUGGCUCGUCUGCGCCGUCUUCAUCAUGUGGAUUUUCGCGACGGAUUUCCCCACCGCCCUGACCAUCUCAGCGUGCCUCACGCCCACAGACCCCGUGCUCGCCGCCUCCGUCCUGUCAAACAGCCAGUUCAGCACCAGAGUGCCAAAACGCAUCCGCGACUUGCUGAGCGCAGAGAGCGGCGUAAACGACGGCGUAUCCUUCCCCUUCCUCUUCAUGGGUCUGAACUUCCUCACCAAGCACACCGCAGCCGGCGCCCUCAAGAAAUGGUUCCUCAUCACCGUCCUCUACCAGUGCGCGCUGGGCAUCGCCAUCGGCACAGCCCUCGGCUACGCGUCAAACUGGCUGUACAAAUUCUCCCACAAGCGCGGCAUGAUGGGCCAAGCGUCCUACCUCGCCUUCUACCUCCUCCUCGCCAUCUUCUCCAUCGGCCUCGCCUCCACCCUGGGCGUAGACGACUUCCUCGUCGCCUUCUGCGCCGGCCGCGGCUUCUCCCACGGCGGCAAUUCCCCCACAGCAGACACCCGCCUCCCCGUCGUAAUCGACCUGAUGCUCAACUCCGCCCUCUUCGUCUUCUUCGGCGCAAUGAUCCCCUGGUCAAGCUUCAACCACCUCGACACCCUCACCCCGCCGCGUCUGCUGGCUGUCCUAGCUCUCAUCCUCCUCUUCCGCCGCAUCCCUAUCGUCUUCACAGCCUACAAGCUCAACCUCCUCCCUUACGUUAGAUCGACGACAGAAGCCCUCUUCGUAGGCCACUUCGGCCCCAUGGGCGUCGGCGCGCUCUUCCUCGCUAUCGAGGCCCGCGCACAGCUUGAAACGGACUCGUCGGAGCCGCUGCCCCGGCCCCCUAAACAUCUAGCGCCAGAGCGUAAACGCGCUGUAGAGAUUAUUUGGCCGGUGGUGUGCUUCAUUGUGCUGGGCAGCACGUUGAUUCAUGGCCUCAGUACGCUGGUUAUUAGUGUCGGCGGACACUUUUCUAGACAUGAGGGGGAGAGGGCGCCGCUUAUUGGCGGGGAGAGGGAGGGGUUGUUGGGCAUGCUGCAUGAUGAGACGGAUGAGGAGGGGGGGAGUGGGGAGGGUGAUGGGGAGGGGAGCGAGCCGGAGAGUAGGGGGUAUAGGGGGGGGAGUCUGUAG